AUGGGGGAGAUAACCAGGACUCCAAACGGCCUUGGUACAGCAUGGCUGAGGUGUCCUCUGCUCUCCGCCAGAGCAGUGACGUGCACCCCUCGACUCAGGAUAUGCUGGACCAUGGUCCGGGUAGAAAUGAUACCGACUAGGGCCCUACAGUGCUUCAGGUGUUUGGAGCAAGGGCAUGUGACGGCCGAAUGCAAGGCCAAUGUUGACAGAAGCAGCAACUGUUAUCGCUGCGGGAGAGAAGGUCACCUGGCCAGAACGUGCGCGGUCCCGGUUCACUGUGUGAUCUGCGCGGACCGCGGUGUGCGGGCGGAUCAUAGGAUGGAGGGUAAAGCAUGUAAGCCCCCCUCGUGA